CUUGGGUAUAAAAGCUUCGAUGAUGCAAGGAGAAAUUAUCACUUUCAAUUGAUAACUUGAGUAAUCAACAAUCCUAAACAAAAUGUUCAGAUUCGUCGCUUUGAUCGCCCUUAUUGGCUUCUGCGCUGCUGCUCCUUUGGACAGCGAAGUUGGUGCUGAGACCAAGGCUUUGGAAAAUGAAAUCUCCCCAGAAGGUGUUUUCCACUAUGCUUUCCAAACCUCAAACGGAAUCGAUAUCAACUCUGCCGGUGAUGCCAACGAAAUCCAUGGUCUUUACAAAUACAUCUCACCCGAAGGACAAGCCGUAGGUUUGUCUUAUACCGCUGAUUCUAAUGGUUACCAUCCAGCUGGUGAACUUUUGCCAACUCCACCACCAGUACCAGAACUUAUCAUCCGUGCUUUGGCUUACCUCGCUGCCCAUCCCCAAAAGGAAGAAAGCAUCCGUAAGGUUUUGUAAAGAGUGUCAAACGCGAUCAGUUAGACAAAAAUUAUGAUUAUUAUGCUUGAAAUAAAUACAACUUGAGUUGU